AUGGGUAAUAACUCGUCCAAGCCAAAUGGCUCCUCUUCUUCCUUAUCGUCAUCGUCCAAAUACAGCGGCGGGGCUGGUCCUUUGCAACGGACAGAUACUUCCAACUCUGCCAAGUCGUCACGUUCAAUAAGGCUGAAACUUUCUAUUAAUAGCAGCAGCAGACUUUCGUUGGAUGCUCGCGACAAGGGAGCUGGAGCUGGAGAUGGAGAUGGAGACGGUCAAGGACAAGGACAAGAUCGUGCUGACUCUACAAAUAUAGACCCCGCGGAGGAACUGCAGCAAUUGCAAAAUAAUAGAUCGCCCACGAAACCACUUUCGAGAAAAAACUCAUCGGGAGAGGCCAAUGCCGAAGUGCCGUCGUUUUCGAGAAACAACAGCUCGUCGAAUCUAUACUCGACUUCGUUUUCCGAUAACUCAAAGUUGCCGGCCUCGAUGAAACAGAUUCAACCUAAGGAACCCAUACUCAUGAGAAGAAACACCAACGAUACCAUCAACACUUCAUUGAGUAUCUCCGGGUUUGAGUCGCCCGUGAUGAACUCGCCGUUGAUGUCGCCCAAUAAUGGCGCUAGUAUUUCCAGAACUUCAACGCACUCGUUACCUUCAUUGCACCAGUCGCCGUCUGGUGGUGCCGAUCUGUUGGCAGUGCCCGAUCUGCCUUUUAAUCAGUCCAAUGGGGUACCAAAGUCGCCCAAUUUGAACGCCAACAGCAACGAAGAGAGCAAGAGUAUCCAAAGCAGCCGCCAGUCGCUGGCUGCCGACUUGACAGAGUUGGCAAAGACAACUUCACAAGUGAAUAACCAGCUUCACAAGCAAUCAACCACGUCGUCCUCUUUGGGCGGGGGCAGCAACACCAUUGAGAUUGAAGAUUUGAUCCAGAGACUAUUGGAUGCCGGCUACAGCGGGAAGAGAACAAAGAAUGUUUGUUUGAAAAACACCGAGAUCCAGUUGAUUUGCGCCACCGCGAGAGAGUUAUUCUUGUCGCAACCGUCGCUUUUGGAAUUGUCUCCACCAGUCAAAGUCGUUGGCGACGUGCACGGCCAAUACGGAGACUUGAUCCGUAUAUUCACCAAAUGCGGGUUCCCUCCUCAAACAAACUACUUAUUCCUUGGCGAUUACGUCGAUAGAGGCAAGCAGAGCUUGGAGACGAUUCUCCUUCUCUUAUGCUACAAAAUCAAAUACCCCGAGAACUUCUUUUUGUUGCGCGGCAACCACGAAUGCGCCAACGUUACUCGCGUCUAUGGCUUUUACGACGAGUGCAAGCGGAGGUGCAACAUCAAGACGUGGAAGCUAUUCAUCGACACCUUCAACACCUUGCCCAUCGCGGCCAUUGUGGCCGGCAAGAUAUUCUGCGUCCACGGCGGCCUUUCGCCGGUGUUGAACUCGAUGGAUGAAAUUCGAAACAUUGCCCGUCCCACCGAUGUGCCCGACUUUGGGCUCCUCAACGAUCUACUAUGGUCGGACCCGGCAGACACGAUAAACGAAUGGGAAGAUAACGAACGAGGCGUGUCGUAUGUUUUUUCGAAAGUCGCCAUCAACAAGUUUCUCAGCAAGUUUGGCUUUGACUUGGUCUGCAGAGCGCACAUGGUUGUCGAAGACGGCUACGAGUUUUUCAACGACCGAACGUUGGUGACGGUGUUUUCGGCACCAAACUACUGUGGCGAGUUUGACAAUUGGGGAGCCGUAAUGAGUGUUUCCGAGGAGUUGUUGUGUUCUUUCGAAUUACUAGAUCCAUUAGAUAGCGUUGCAUUGAAACAAGUGAUGAAGAAGGGGAAGCAGGAGAGGAAAACUGCACAGAGUUUACAAAGAAUACAAUCCCGGUGA